AUGAGGCAUCUUCUUAUUCUAAUCACAUCACUAACAGCUGCUACUGCAACCUGUACAUCGGAUCGUUGCGAUACUGCAGGAUUUGUUAUCAAAACGAGACAUUUAGAGGACCCGCUCGACUCGGAACCUGUGAUUAAAAACAAAAUAAUGGCUUCAAGUCGUUUCUGGGGUAAACGAGCGUUCCCGGAUGAGCUACGACGAGCAAGCAUUCGAUGGGGAAAACGAUGGGAUGCGAAGGCAUGGCGACAAAUGUAUGCGGAACUGCUGCGCCCGACAAAUAUUGCGACAAAAUGGACGCCGAUAGUGAAAACGCAGCAUGUUCCGGAUGUAUCAGCUCAGAUGCAGGAGGAUGACGAACCCGUACUUCGUGUAGCAAAAGCUGCAAAUAUUCGUCCAAAAUUAGCGUUAUCCAGUCGCCUUUGGGGACGUUGA